UCAAACGUCAUAAUCAAUACAAAAGUAUUUGAAAUCAAUUUAUAUAAUUUUAGUCUAACAAAAUAGUUAAAUAAAGAUGGGGUUUCUUACAGUUUUGAAGAAAAUGAAGCAAAAAGAAAAAGAAAUGCGAAUUUUAAUGUUGGGCUUAGAUAACGCUGGAAAAACAACAAUUUUGAAAAGGUUUAAUGGAGAACCAAUUGAUACAAUUUCACCUACUUUGGGGUUCAAUAUCAAAACUCUGGAACACCGAGGUUUUACUUUAAAUUUGUGGGAUGUCGGGGGUCAAAAAUCACUACGUUCUUAUUGGAGAAAUUACUUUGAAUGCACAGAUGGUCUUAUUUGGGUGGUGGAUAGUGCUGAUAAAAGACGUCUUGAGGAUUGUAGGGUUGAGUUACAUACUUUAUUACAAGAAGAGAGGUUAGCUGGAGCAACGCUUCUAGUUUUUGCAAACAAACAAGACUUGCCAGGGGCUUGCACCCCUGACGAGUUGCGAGAAAUUCUUGGAUUAGAUGAAAUCAAAACUCAUCACUGGCAAAUAGCGAAAUGUAGCGCAGUUACUGGUGAAAAUCUUUUAAAAGGAAUGGAUUGGAUGAUCGACGAUAUUGCAGCGAGGAUUUUUACUUUGGAUUAAUUUAUUUUUUAUAAAAUAUUUUUUGUACUAUAUGUAAUAAAAAAUGUAAAA